CCCUGCCUGCAGGCGGCGCUGUGAGUAACCACAGCGAGGCUUUAGGGCGGAGCUCCGGCGGCUGUAGUACGUGUGCUUCACAGCUUCACACACAGCAGCAGUUAGCAACCAAUGCUAAAGCUGGAGCAGGAAUCAUGGUGCUGCUCGAAAACGACUCGUUUCUCACAGAGCUCACACGGCUGUUCCAGAAGUGCAGAACAUCUGGCAGUGUUGUCAUCACGCUAAAGAAAUAUGACGGGAGGACCAAGCCGGCGCCCCGAAAGGGCCACACAGAGUCAUUUGAACCAUCAGACAACAAAUGUCUCAUCAGAGCAUCUGAGGGCAAGAAGAAAAUCAGCACAGUGGUCAGCACCAAAGAAGUAAUCAAGUUUCAGAUGGCAUACUCCAACCUCCUUAGAGCUCACAUGGAUGGACUUAAGAAGAAAGAUAAGAAAAGCAAAAGCAAGAAAACCAAAGCCACCCAAUGAGCAACAGACUCUUUAACAUAACCAUGGGUACCUAAACUGGCCUGUACGAUCUAAGGGAACGGGAAAGGCCCGACUCAGCUUUCUACCCACUCACCUGAGGCCUCAGAAUCACUGUUCAUCCACCCGGCGACUGCUUUGAUAUUAUGCCAUUGUUUGCAUGGUAAUGUCUCAUCCCUGGCAGUUCGGUGCCAUCGGCGAUCUGGAACAGAAAACCUGAGGAUUUCUCGUAACUCGUACAGGACGACGAAGCAAGUCUAGUUUAUUGAAUCUCCACCAUUUCUGCUUCGGAUCCAGGUCCACAACAGCCGUGUCACCCCUGGAGCCAAAUCCAUGGAGCCCAAUGAUUACCUGCCUUUCAUACUAUUUAAUUGUUAGAGUCCAUAUUUAUGUUAUAUUCACAGCUGACCUGUGCUGCCAUGUUUCAAUUUGACUGUCUCGAGAAGAAUUUGAAUUUUUUUUUCCUCUUUUUUUUUAAAUAAUUAAAUAAGCAAUGAAUUUACUGCAGAGUUGCUUUGAAACACAGAACAAAAUCAAAUCAGAUUUGAUGUGUUUUUUUUUUUUUAAAACCAGUUUUACUGUAUUAAGCUUAAUAUUGGAGAUGAAAAUUUACUUUAUCCUAUGUUUUUAAUUUACCUCCUGAAGUACAAUAAUAUUAUUUUUGUUUUGAAUCACUGUUUCAUACCAAGCUGUCAAACUGGCCGUCUUAAAAUGUUAAACACCAAUAAAAUGUCUAGUUUCAGUAAAUGUGGGUAAUUAAAAUAAAAAAAAACAUUUCAGAACAUGACACAAAAUGUUAAAAGUUGGAGAAUUUACUGAAAGACAUGUUUGAGUUAUGAAUACAGAAAGUAUUGGCUGUAAUUCUAAUAAUGUAAUUUCUGUUAAUCACAAUUACAAGGCAGGUUUAACUACAGCCGGUAUAUUUUGUCAGCCAUUUGUAUCAUGUUCCCAGGACCCUCACCUCAUGGAAGAGGACUGCAGCAGAAUUUAAGUUCAGAAAUAAAGUGCGUUGUGGAAAGUCA